AUGACGGCGAUCCCUCCCUCUCGGCCGACUCCACUCCAAACUCUCCGCGACGAGCCCGAAGGCCCUGUCUCGAAGCAGCAGCAGCAGCAGCAGCAGCAGCAGCCUGUACAGCAAUCCAUGCAGAACUCCGUACCUGCGCGUCCGGAACCCUCGUCGCAUUCCAUGCAUCGUACCGAGCCACAGUCUUCGGCCGUAGCCGGCGGCGAUCCUGAUCUUACCUCUCGCCACGACGAAUAUGAGGUUGUUGAGGUCGACGACGAGGCGAACGAUGGCGGGCUGGAGCAGCAGGCACCCAGAGGCACCUUCUCGAGGCCGCCUCUGCCUCGUCUGAAUUCUCAGUCACGAGCACCUCCCUCGCCGGCGCCUCUUCCUGAAACCUCUCCUCGCCAACCUCCCCCUCCUCGAAGCACUAGCAGCAACACAAACACCCCACAGCCCCAAAAGGGCGGGCCUGUUCACCUGCAGGGCUCGCGGGAGAUACCCAUCCCGAUGAGGACAUCGUCGACUCAACAUCAGAAUCAGAAUCAGAAUCAGAAUCAGAAUCAGAAUGCGCCCAGAGCGCCACCGCCGUCGGCAACCGAGACUGCAGACAAUGGCACGGACGAAGCUUCACCCGAUGCCCAACCCUCCUCGCAAGGCACCCCCGAGCCCCAGGGGAAGAACGCCCCGAUCCAGAUACCCAAGGUUACUCCUCUGUCCUCUGGCCUCACGUUACCGCCAAACCUUGCCGAGCUAGCGCAGGGCCUGGACGGUAAGUAUGUCGACGAGUUCGGAAACAUCCUGGACUGGAACGGUCAGGUACUUGGCCGCGUCGAGGGCGACCUGCCGUCCAUGAUCGGACGGCCCGUCGCGGUAACGGGCGAGAUCUUCAGCGAGGAGGGUGAGGUUGUCGGUUAUGUGGCAGAGAACGACACCAUCCCCCCCGCGCCUCCGUCACCCAAGCCCAUUGAAGGCAUGGGGGACGGACUCAAGGUGGAUCACAUGGGCAACAUUCUUGACAAGAACAACAACGUCGUCGGCCACUUUGACGGCGCGCCUUUGGCCAAGUCCCUCCAGCAGACGGGCCAGGCCGGGAACUCGGGGCAGUCUAGCAGUGCCCGUCCUGGGCAUGUUCCCGACACGCGGACGAGCUGUCCUCAGUGUACUGCUCACCAGGCCAAGCCGUCUUCGACAACUCCCAGUCCGUCCGAGAUCUUCAUGGACGUCAAGUCAACCAACGACGGGAUUCAGCUCAUCAUCAAAAUACCGACGGUUUUCCACGGUGGUGGGAACCCCAAUAUCCAUAUAGGAACCGGGUCAUGA